AUGAGAACAUAUCCUCUCAUAGUCGGUAAUAGCACGAAUGUGUCGGACACUUUGGGUAUUGUGAUUGGAUUACAACAAAUUCGAAGAGUUUUGAAAGUCGGUCCUUUUCGAUUUUGGUCGUUGAAUCCGAAAUUCGCUUUUUGGUGGCCAUCGAUACCGCGGCAAGAUGCGCUUGUUGUUUUUUGUGAGCGGUACCCUUCUCAAAUGAUGAACCCGUGCAUCGUUUUCUUUCAUGAUUCACUAACGAAUGCGUCGAACAAUAACGACGCGUCCGUUCGGCGUGAAGUGUCAGUGGAAGUGCAAUCCGACACCACCACUGUUCAUUACGGUUGUGCUGCACCACCUCAUCAGUUGGGUUGA